GUGCAGAAUGACCCAGGGAGCAGGCAGAGAUCCAAAAAGUAACAAAAAGGUUUUAUUAAAUAAACGAAAAGGCUGACGAGGCAGCUCAAAGUACUUACAGGGAGAGAUCUCAGGUAGCAAACACAGAGACAACCAAACUGACUGGGGAACCAGCACAAUGAACGGACAAACACGAAUGACAAGCCUCAGAAAAUAAAGCAGACAAAUUAAGGGACAAUYAGAAACACCUGGGGAGACAUAAGAGGGAUCAGGUGUGCGUGGGCGGGGCUGGAGGUAAAACAGCAGGGAAAGGAAAACUGGGGAACAGAAAACACUAGAAAACUAAAGCAAAAACACAGAUCAUGACAGUUUAACACAGCUGAUGAUGUUCUGCAUUGUUGUGUUUUAGUCCCAUUGUGUCCAGUGCCCUGGCAUCCAUUAACAGCCGCUGGGAUCUGCCCGUCUUCACGCUGCCCUUCAACAUCCUGGUGUGUCUCCACAUGGUCGCCACCGGACACUACAACAACCACUUCCCCCAGGUGCUCAUCCAGCCGCGCUCCGAGUUCCCAAACAUCACCUGGGCUGAAAUCAACGUCGCAAAGCUGUUCAGGUCAGUGCCUGUGGGGAUAGGGCAGGUUUACGGCUGUGACAAUCCCUGGACAGGAGGAAUGUUCAUCAUCUCCCUCUUCAUCUCCUCCCCCAUCACCUGCGCUCAUGCNGUUCUGGGAUCUGCUGUGGGCAUGGUGUCAGGUUUGGCUCUAGCAGCCCCGUUUGAAGAUAUUUAUUUUGGCCUGUGGGGUUACAACUGUGUGUUGGCCUGCAUCGCCAUCGGAGGAAUGUUCUACGCUCUCACCUGGCAGGUGCACCUGCUCGCCAUCACAUGUGCAUUUUUCUGCGCAUAUCUCGGCUCAGCCAUUGCCAACAUUAUGUCCAGGUUCGGUUUGCCAGCAUGCACCUGGCCGUUCUGCCUCUCCGCCCUCACCUUCCUCCUCCUGACCACGGAGRCCAAACGAAUCUUUAAGCUGCCGCUGGCUAAAGUCACCUACCCUGAGAAAAACCUGGUCUUCUACUGGAAGCUGAGGAAGCAGGAGAAAACAGAGAAGGCUGAGGAGGAGAGGAAAGUGCGAGAGGCGCAGCAGAGGGCCAUCGAGGAGGAAUUGGUCCUGAAUGAGAAGGAGCUGCUGAGGCUGGAGCUGCAGGUGAAGGAAGAGGGGAGAGACGGAAGUAAAAAUAACGAGACUCAAGCUGAAAACCAGGUACCUGCAGCCGACGUGCAGGCUACUGAGGACAGUAAUGGGAGUAAUGAAUUCACAGAAAUCAUUAUUGCUGAACAAAUUUAAAUGUUUGAAGGAUGUAAAUAAUAAUGGUUGUAAAUAUUUUUUUGUUUGACUUUUAUGUUGCUUUUCUACCAAAGUUCAUUUUCAGGUGAGAGUUUAAUGAUAUUUUGUACUUUGUUAUAAAAGAAAAUGAGUUCAUGUUGCAUUGAUGUAUUAUAUGAAAGGUUGCUUUUUGUAAAACAGUUAUUCAUUAUUUGUGUUGUUUCCUUUGUUACCUGACGUGCUUUCAUUAUAUGAAACAAAAGUUGAUGUGUGAAAAGAUUUAAUCCACCUGAUGAGAAAUACUUGCUGAGGUUUUUGCAAAAUGCAUUUUCGUUUAAUAAAACAAAAUCUACAAGUUUUA